AGGAUGUUAUUCAAGCUAUUAAGGAAACGGCAUUUGUUACAUCAGAGUAUCCUGUCAUUCUUUCAUUUGAAAAUCACUGCAGCAAAUACCAACAAUACAAGAUGUCAAAAUACUGUGAAGAUCUUUUUGGAGAUCUCCUGUUGAAGCAGCCUCUAGAAUCACAUCCACUUGAUCCAGGUAAAGCCUUACCUUCUCCUAAUGACCUCAAAAGAAAGAUUCUCAUAAAGAAUAAAAGGCUGAAACCUGAAGUAGAGAAAAAACAGCUUGAUGCUCUGAAAAAGAUGAUGGAGGCUGGGGAAACUGCUGCUCCUGUAAAUAUCCUAGAGGAUGAUAAUGAAGAAGAGAUAGAAAGUGCUGAUCAGGAAGAAGAAGCUCAUCCGGAGUACAAAUUUGGAAGUGACCUUACUGUAGAUGAUUACAGUCAAAAAGAAGCUGUUGCCAUCAGUGUCAAAAAGGGUUUAGUAACUGUUGAAGAUGAACAAGCAUGGAUGGCAUCUUACAAAUAUGUAGGUGCCACAACCAAUAUACAUCCAUAUUUAUCAACAAUGGUCAACUAUGCUCAACCUGUAAAAUUUCAAGGUUUCGAUGUAGCAGAAGAACGUAAUAUUCACCAUAAUAUGUCCUCUUUCAAUGAAUCAGUUGGACUAGGGUAUUUGAAGACCCAUGCCAUUGAGUUUGUGAAUUAUAAUAAACGACAAAUGAGUCGGAUAUACCCAAAGGGAGGCCGCGUGGAUUCCAGUAAUUACAUGCCUCAAAUUUUCUGGAACGCUGGCUGCCAGAUGGUCUCACUGAACUAUCAGACCCCAGAUUUAGCGAUGCAGUUGAAUCAAGGAAAAUUUGAAUAUAAUGGAUCAUGCGGGUACCUACUUAAACCAGAUUUCAUGCGACGACCAGAUCGAACAUUCGACCCUUUCUCUGAAACUCCUGUAGAUGGUGUAAUUGCUGCAACAUGUUCUGUACAGGUAAUAUCUGGUCAGUUCUUAUCAGACAAAAAAAUCGGUACGUAUGUAGAAGUGGAUAUGUAUGGUUUACCCACCGACACGAUACGUAAAGAAUUUCGAACACGCAUGGUGAUGAACAAUGGUCUGAAUCCUGUUUACAAUGAAGAAUCAUUUGUAUUUCGAAAGGUUAUUCUCCCUGAUCUUGCUGUCCUGAGAAUAGCAGUGUAUGAUGACAAUAAUAAGUUGAUUGGUCAAAGGAUCCUGCCUCUAGAUGGUCUGCAAGCAGGUUACAGACACAUUUCCCUUCGGAAUGAGGGCAACAAACCACUCUCCCUUCCAACCGUUUUCUGCAACAUUGUGCUUAAAACAUACGUGCCUGAUGGUUUUGGAGAUAUUGUGGAUGCUUUAUCAGACCCAAAGAAAUUUUUGUCUAUCACAGAAAAAAGAGCAGACCAAAUGAGAGCUAUGGGUAUUGAAACUAGUGAUAUAGCUGAUGUACCAAAUGACACUUCAAAGAAUGAUAGGAAAGGAAAAGCCAAUAAUGCCAAAGCAAAUGUAACACCUCAGAGUAGCUCUGAACUUCGACCAAGUACUACUGCAGGCUUUGGAUCUGGGACUGAUGCUAAAAAAGGUAUAGACCUUAUUCCUCAAGUGAAGAUAGAAGAUUUAAAGCAAAUGAAGGCUUAUAUAAAGCAUUUAAAGAAACAGCAGAAAGAGCUGAAUGCCUUAAAGAAGAAACAUGCAAAGGAGCACAGCGCUAUGCAGAAGUUGCACUGUACACAAAUUGACAAAGUAGUGGCACAAUAUGAUAAAGAGAAGGUAUCAUAUGAGAAAAUGUUAGAGAAGGCAAUCAAGAAGAAGGGAGGAAGUAAUUGUCUUGAAUUGAAGAAAGAAACGGAAAUUAAAAUUCAGACACUAACAUCAGAUCACAAAUCUAAGGUUAAAGAGAUUGUGGCACAGCACACUAAAGAGUGGUCUGAGAUGAUCAAUACGCACAGUGCUGAAGAGCAAGAAAUCCGUGAUUUACACUUGAACCAACAGUGUGAACUACUGAAGAAACUGCUGAUUAAUGCUCAUGAACAACAAACCCAGCAGCUAAAAUUUUCACAUGACAGGGAAAGCAAGGAAAUGCGUGCCAACCAGGCUAAAAUAUCCAUGGAGAACAGCAAAGCCAUAAGCCAAGACAAAUCUAUCAAAAAUAAAGCUGAAAGAGAGAGGCGAGUCAGAGAGCUGAACAGCAGCAACACAAAAAAGUUCCUGGAAGAGAGAAAAAGGCUGGCAAUGAAGCAGUCAAAGGAAAUGGAUCAGUUGAAAAAAGUUCAACUUGAGCAUUUAGAAGUCUUGGAGAAACAGAAUGAGCAGCUUUUGAAAUCCUGUCAUGCAGUGUCUCAAACACAAGGCAAAGGAGAUGCAGCAGAUGGUGAAGCUGGAAGCAGAGAUGGAUCGCAGACCAGCAACAGUAGUCUAAAACCUCAACAAGCAAACUGAAGUUGGAGAACACAGCAUCCUUAAAAUGAGAGCAAAAUUCAAAAUAACACUGCUGAGGUUGAAAAGUGGGGAGUUUUUUGUUUGGUUGGUUUUGGGGUUUUUUUGGGGGGUGGGUUGGGUUUUUUUGUUUUUAAUAUAUAAAGUGUAGCUACGGACCACGAAGUCUUAAGGUUUGCAUUAUUUGUUUUUUUAACACUGGGCACUGAAUUUCUUUUGCUGGAUUUCCAUGUUAAGAACUUCCUCUGUUCAGAAAAAAAAGCUAAUCGGAAGACGAAGACAGUUUCUAAACCCAGUCCUGUAUUCCUUUCUGUAUCUCAACAGGCAGCUUGCCUGCAUCAGAAUUACACAAUCAGAACCUUGAAAUACAACAGGUAUUUUUAAUAUCAUCUCAAAUGGCAACAAAACUGUAGUCAAGCCAUGUUAUUUACCAUUUGUGUUCUCAUGAUAUAUUGUGCAGAAACCCCAUGCUGCCAAAUCCUGACAAGCAACAACUUGGCACCUGAGGUAAUCGAGCCCACUGAACCAGAUCUUAUGCUAAGUCACCAUAAUAAUCAGUACAGUAAGGAGCUGAGUUUGGGCAUUUUUAAUUUCUAUUUCAAAGUAUUCUUCAGGCAGCAGACAGUAGGCAGUUGAAAGUUAACUGCAUAUAUUCAAAAGUACAGUAUGUACAAAGUCAUCAGCCAAAUUCAUCAACUGUAACAGUAACUUGACAGGAUACUUCUGCAGUCCAAUAAUGUCAUUCACAAGUGCCAUAUAAAUUCUUAUCAUGUCUGAAGGAAGCUGAUAUCCUGUAAAAGUUACUGCAAUGGUUAGCGUGAGGGAAAUACAGUGUAUUUGUGCCAAAACUGAUCAGUGCUCUAAGGAAUUACAUAUUCGGCACUUUAAGAAAAGUUUACAUCCUACAUUGCUUGUAUAGAAUUUGCAUUUUGAUCCUGUUGCUGCAGAUCUCAGAUACUACAGUUCCCUGUAACUUAAAGAUUGUUUAAAUGGCUUUUGGCAAAAAGUUUGUUACUGUGAAAAUGUAAAAAGUAUUUAUACACUUCAGAAUCACAGCAUUGUAGAAAAUCACAUACAUGUUGCCACGUGAUAAAACUAGUAAAUGCUAAGAGUAUGUUUGCAUGUGAUACAAAUGCUACUAAGACUGUAGUGCCUACUAUAUGACCACAGUCAUUCUACUAGCUGGUAAAUACUGAAUAAAUGUAUGGCACAGAAUAUUGUUUGAUUAAUUACAAAGACACUUAGCAUAACAAGGUCUCUCUAUAUAUGUGUGUAUAUUAAUUAUGUGGGCAUUCUUGAUACUUGUAGUAAAAGAGAAGUACAUAACUAAUUUAAUUUUACACAGAAGUAUUUAUGCAGAUUUUCAGAAUUUCAUAUCAGGAAUAACCUUUUUAUGUCCAUUAGAUAUAAAACCAAUUUGCUAAUGUGUUAAUUUGCAUGUUUCCAGCGCUUGCUGUAGUUAUAUUGCAAAACAAUGCAUGUAAGCGUUCCACUUGGAAUUUGUCCAUGCUGCCAAUUCAAAGAUGACUGCAUGGAGAACUGGUAGUUUAGAACAAAUCAGAUUCCUGAUUUCAAUGUACUAAGCACCACUUACUUUGUUGUAUAUGCUUGUACAAACAAAUUCUACAUAUUCCUAUAAACAAAAUAAAUGAAAAGAGAUAAUUAUGUUAUUGUCGGUCCUGAGAUGAAACGUUCAACUUCUCUAAUAAAAAUAUUAAAAAUUCAAAA